AUGGCAAUACAAACUACUCAAAAUUUGUCAUUGAUCAUAUUAAUCUCUUUCCUAUACGCUCUAAGCGCCUCGGCCACCGGCAACCCAAUAGAUUUCAUAAGAAGCUCAUGCCGGGACUCCUUUUACUAUUCCGCGUGUGUGAGCUCGCUAGCACCCUAUGCUGGGAAGGUUAAGGAAAGCCCUAGACUGCUAGCCAUGAUGGCCCUAUCCAUUAGUGCCAAAAGGGCCCGAGACGCCCAAUUUUUCCUGAAAACGGUCGCUAAGUACCCUAGUGGGCUCAGUCAAAAGGAGAAAUCGGCCCUAAAGGACUGCUUGGAGGUGGUGGGCAAUACUGUGGGGCAACUUAAUGACUCGAUUGUGGAGCUUAAGAAAUUGGGUCGGACCUGGACUAGGGGAGAGUUUUCCUGGCGCUUGAGUAAUGUUAUGACUUGGGUUAGUGCUGCGCUGACUAACGAGGGCACGUGUAAGGAUGGCUUUUCGAGCGAGGCGCUAGACAGUGACCUCAAGCCCUUGAUCGAUGCGCGGAUUGGUAACAUGUCCAUGGCGACUAGCAAUGCACUGGCGAUUUGCAACAAAUUUAGUGGGAAUUAA